UCCGCCGGGUCGGUCCUGCGGCGGAAGGAUCCGCGCAGCACCUCAGCGUUCUCCCCCAACCCACUCCCGCCCGCUGUUCCUGGAGCGGCGGCUCGGAGAGACGCGGCCGAGGGGAGGGGGAGCAGCAACAGCGCGGCGGUGGCGGCCCCGCCCCCUCCCUUCUCCUCGCCUCUCCCCGUGGCCGGCCGGGCGCGCGCUGCUCGCUGCAGGGCUCGGCUGCCGCUUCGCGCGCGCCUGUGAGACCGCCGCCGCCGCCGCCGCCGCCCUCCGCUCCUCCGCCCGACUGCGCCAGGCGAAGACGAUGGCCGGCUGGCAGAGCUACGUGGACAACCUGAUGUGCGAUGGCUGCUGCCAGGAGGCCGCCAUUGUCGGCUACUGCGACGCCAAGUACGUCUGGGCCGCGACGGCCGGGGGCAUCUUCCAGAGCAUCACGCCCGUAGAAAUAGAUAUGAUUGUAGGAAAAGACCGAGAGGGUUUCUUCACCAACGGUCUGACUCUUGGUGCAAAGAAGUGCUCUGUGAUCAGAGAUAGCCUGUAUGUUGAUAGUGAAUGCACAAUGGACAUCAGGACAAAGAGUCAUGGUGGCGAGCCAACAUACAAUGUUGCUGUAGGCAGAGCUGGUCGAGCAUUGGUUAUAGUUAUGGGAAAGGAAGGUGUCCAUGGAGGGACACGGAACAAGAAAGCAUAUGAACUGGCUUUAUACCUGAGGAGGUCUGACAUCUAAGCAGCCUCUCCCCAUCCACCUAGCAACUGUCUUCAUCACCAACCAGUUAUGUUCACUGUGCUGCCAGACUGUAGAUGGUAGUUUUUAUGUUUUUUUGGUUUUUUUAUUUAUCCAUUUUUUUCUAAUAUCAUGAUUCCAGUUACCCUCGUGUUCAUUUGUAUGUUAACCACUGUAUGUAACCAAAUCCCAUAUCUGGCACCAUUUUUGCAGCAUAAAAAUGAUAUGCAUGAUACCUUGAAAAAUGUUUUAGGAGGGGGAGAAUUUCAAGUCUAGGCUUUGCUUUGUCUUAGCAAUUAAUACGAUAUUGACAACUAAAACAAUUUAAACACUAAACAAGGUGCCGAUUGUACAAUCUAAUUUGAUCAAUGUCUCUUCAGCACUUUGAGCAAUUACACAGCUCAUUUAGUCUUCCUUUUGUAGAGCAUGGUUGCAGGGGGAAGUGCAUGCAUAUCUUUACUUCUCUCCCUGUCUACUCUUUCAUCCACAUUUUGUUUGCUUCCACCUAUUUUUAUACAGUGCCGGGUUUGUUUAACCAAUUUGCGCUCAGAAGCUAUUGUGUUUCAUUAGUUUUGUUGUUGCACUUCACUGCAAACUUACAAAACUCUUCAUAGUGUCUGAAGCACACACUGCUUAAUGGGUGUAACUGCAAAACUAUCAAAAGAUGUAGAUGCAUUUUCUUCAUGAUCUUACCACCACUGUCCUGGGUGAAUACCUAGGGACAUUCCAUCAUUGCAAUAGCUCAGGCACUUUUUUUUUUUUUUUUUGGCCAGCUCCAGUUCUGUAGUUGAGUUAUGAAAAGCUGCCAUUGUGGACAUUAGAUAUCCCAACAUAACCAUCUGGAGUGUGUCCGAUUUUCAGUUUUUCAUAGGACCAAUUUUUAAUUUGCAGCUUGGGGUUUUAUAUGAAACUACAGGGUCAUUGUGGAAAACUGCCACCUUCAGCUAUAUACUGAUAGCCUAUACUCCAAUCUUUCUGGCAGAUCUAACUGAUAAUGUAAAGAAACAUGCUGCUUUAAUACCAAUGUUUGUGUGAGGGGUGGUAGUUCAUAACUUUAAAAUUGUUAAAAUGAUACUGUUUCAAAUUUGAAAUAGUCAUUUGGCCUGCCACACCCUUGCUGCAGAAAUUGUGGAGUAAACUGCCUCCUGCACUAGUCAUCUAAAAUGUGUAACCAAAUUGUCCAUUCAAGCACGGUACAAACUUGUAUGUCCAUUUAAAGAGAACUGCAGAACUCUGUAUACAAAAGAAUAAAUGGGAGAUGGUAUUGGUUGGAAUAACUGACUUGGCUGUCUUGUGAUGAAUUUUUUAAUAUGUAUUCUGUGCCAUACUAUUGUUUAAAAAAAAAAUGAACUGUUGCUAUUGUGAGAUGGAUUUUAACUGACUAUAAGGAUUUCCUUUGAAUGGCACUACUUUAGGGACAUUCUAGUAUUUGCUUCUAUUAUUUGGGCCUUGUGGAUAAUGUACAGAUUUAAACAAAUUCUUGUUGCUGAUUUGUCCAUUUCUUUCCCUGCACUUUUACAUCUGGGAUACAGUCUAACUCAUCUGAUUUAAUAUGCAUUUCAAAAAAUGCCAUAACUAUUAAACACCUUGUUUACAGACGAAAUAAAUUUAUUCCAACCAAAUAAAA